AUGUAUACAGAACCUUUGCACACUACUUCCCUUGGUUAUAUUGAGCGAGGUUUCUCCCAGAAAUUGACAAGGAGCAUGUUCAAUGAAGUUAAAACUCAGAUUCAAUAUGUGGGUGGCUUAAAUAUUAUCCAAAGGACUGAGGUCAAUGAUGUGGUGAUGGUGAAGAUGAACAAGGCUUUGUAUGAAAGGCGUGAGUAUGUGGUGUUAUAUGACAAGAAUUCUUCAAAGUUUGUGUGUGAUUGUGGUCACUUUGAGUAUUAUGGAAUUCCUUGUUCUCACAUGAUAUGUGCAAUAAGAAAUGAGAGACUGGCUGAAGUUCCUGAUAGUCUUAUUUGUAAACGGUGGUCAAGGACGGCUAAGGUGGACUACAUGAAUCAGAUUAAUGACACUGUUACUGGCAAUGAUUCAAAGAAAUUGGCGAUGUUAAGGAGGGGUGUGCUUUCUGCUGCUUGCAACAUACUAAGUGAAAUAGCUUGUGAGAAUGUGAAUGAUUUCUCUCAAGUCUUGCAGGACAUAUAUAAGUUGGCUGACAGUGUUCAAAAGCGUAGGGUGGGAAACAAAACCAUCCGCACUGGACCAUUCUUGAUUGGUGAUCCCGCUGUGGUGAUCACAAAGGGGCGCAAGAAGAAAGGUGGGAAGAAGACAAGGUUAUGCUCAAGAUGCAGAAUGCCUGGUCAUACAAUUCGCACAUGCCCGGAAAUGCGUGAAGGUCAAGGAGUUGGUUCCCACGACACUGCUAUGAGUGAUUCAUCUGUGGAGCUUGAUGAUGUUGAUGAGGUAUUGCCAUAUAAUGUAACUAUGCCUGGAGUCUCCUCACUUGAAGAUGCUGGAAAAGGCAAAGGCAAGGUAUUAUCCUUGUGGGCCAUCUUUGUGUCAUUCAUUUUUGAUCAGUACAUGUCCAUGAGCAUUUUAGAUUUAACUUUGUUUUACAGGAUCAGAGUGUUAAUGAAGCUUGUUCUCAAGAUUUGA